GGUUCUGUUGGUGCUUCAGUUUUGUUGGCAAGGGAAGGUAGGCUUGGUUUGGAGAACUUGUUUCGCUUUCUGCUGUGGAAUGAGGAAGCGGUAGUCUAAAGUAGCGUAGUGCCUCUGCUGAAAUGACAGAUGGAAGGAAGAAAGCUGGAAAGCCUGUUGUGGAGACUCUAACAACAACAAUGACACUUGUAGUUGCUAACAUGAUGACGUGGGUGUUUGCUGUGCCAGGAUGUGAUACUGGAAACAGCAGAAGAACACGCUGGAUGUUCCUGAAUAUGGAUGCUAACAUGUGGACAGCAUGUUUGCCCAGGAGUUUGUGCUGAAACAGAGGACAGAGAUCCUGCAUGCGCUGUGCAGCAGUGGGUCAACUGAACAUCUGGAACGAGUUUUGGACAUACUGCUGGCCCAAGGGGAGCUCAUAUGGGAGGAUUACCAGAACAUACAGGUACCAGAUAGGGCACUGUACACCAAAGCCCGACAGUUGCUCGACCUGGUUUAUACAAAGGGUGUGGACACUUGUGAGCUCUUUCUUGCUGCUCUCAAACAGGUCUUGCCUGAAUCACAGAUAGUUGGCCUCUCAUUUGCUGGAUGUAAUUCAAAUCUAGAAGAAAAAGAAGAAUACCAAAGCACAUCAACUCAUACUCUUCUGACUCAAAGACCAAGCCUGGUCAGCAAGCUACUAGGCCGCAUUCAUGGUGCUUUAGAAGCUCUCGUCAUAUCAGGACACUUUACCUCAGCAGACUGCGAUGAAGUGCGCCUACCUGUAUACACCCCCUCUCAGCAGGCAAGGCGUUUACUUGACCAUGUCAGACCAAAGGGAGAAUUAGCAGCAAAGGUUGUGCUGCAAUACAUUCAGCAAAAACAGGAAACUGGAUCCGCUCUGAACCCGGAGAAACUGACCCCUCCCAAAGAGUUCUUAAAGUAUCAGAAGAAACUCAGCAGUUCUGUGUCUGCCCAGUCCUGCUUUCUCAGUACUUAUGGAGGAACCAGUCACAUGUCUCUGGAUGACAUCUACACCGAAGGCCAACUGGAACUAGCUCAAUACUGUGCUGAUGUCCAUGGACCUUUGGGUCUAGAGGACAUAGUCGGUACAGUGGGUACAGUGAACGAGGAGGCCGACACGGUGCUAGUGUCUGGGGAGGCAGGCAGUGGGAAGACUACCUUACUCCAAAGGUUACACUUGCUUUGGGCUCGGGGAGUAGCCCUGCAGCAAUUUCUACUUCUGUUUCCAUUCAGCUGUCGCAGGUUGAACUCAGAGCACAGGGAAUUGUCUGUCAAAGAAUUGCUGUUUCAGCACUGCUGCUGGCCAGAUAGGGAUCAGGAAGAGAUUUUCCAGUUCAUUCUGGACCAUCCACAUCUCGUUCUGUUCACUUUUGAUGGCCUGGAUGAGCUCAAGCAGAGCUUUUCAGAUGAAAAGAGGCUCUGCUGCCCAACACAGCCUGCACCUGUUCACAUACUAUUGUUCAACUUCAUUCAGGGUUCUUUAAUGAAGGGAGUUCGAAAGGUGGUAACUAGUCGCCCAGAGGCAGUUGGCCCUAUGUUAAAGACACACCUUUGCAAAGAGGUCCUCCUGAAAGGCUUUUCCCCAAGUGGGAUUGACUGUUUUGUAAGAAAACAUCACAGUGACAACACUGUAGCUACUAAGGUUUUGGAGUCCCUACAGACAAACACUGCUUUACUUGGACUGUGUCAUAGUCCAGUCCUCUGCUGGAUUGUCUCACAGUGCCAUAAGGAGCUGCUAGGUUGUGGAGAGGGCAGCCCACAGACAAUCACAGACGUGUACCUAAUGAUCUUACAGCACUUUUUCCAGCACCAAAGCUCCCUGAAGAGUACUGUUGGGUUAGGUUGGUUUCAGGAUCACCUAAAAACAGUCUUGCAUCUGGGGCAACUUGCCUUUGAGGGAAUGAAAAACACCUGUUACAUCUUCUCAGGUACAGACCUGGAGACAUGUGGUGUAACUGAAAAUGAUAUCUACAUGGGCUUUCUCAUACAAAGCAAAGAUUUGUCCUCCAACCACGGUAAACACUAUGAAUUCCUUCAUGUGACUAUGCAGUGUUUCUUUGCUGCCCUGUACAUUGUUUUGUCAAAUAACAUGGAUCAUUCAACUAUCUCUAAGCUCUUUGAGGUGAAGGACAUGUGGGAGACAGAUCUGACCAGCUCAUGCUUCCGGGCGUGCUUGCCUUCCACUUACCAACAAGAUUGCUCUUUACAGGGGGACGCUACAGCAGCUGAAACAUCAAAUCUGCAAAUCACAGCAACCUUUGUGUCAGGACUACUGUCCAAGCGCCAUCAAAGUCUGUGGCUCCAGUGCUGCCCCAGUGCUGUGAUGGAGAAGAAGAUCAGACAGGUAGGGAAAUGCCUGUCCAAAGGCAUGCAGAAACACUUCAAGUCUAUCCCUCAACCAGUAGAAGGAGAGAAGAAGAGCAUGCAUGCAAUGCCUGGCUUUGUCUGGCUUAUCAAAUGCAUCUAUGAGAUGCAGGAGAGCAGGAUUGCUAAAGAUGCCAUGAGUAAGCUGGAGGUCGACCAUCUGAAACUGACCUACUGUAACAUCGGUCCUGUAGAGUGUACUGCACUAGCCUAUGUGCUCCAGCAUUUAAGGAAUCCUGUAGGACUCCAGCUGGACAACAACUCUGUAGGUGAUGUUGGAGUGGAGCAGCUUCUUCCCUGCAUGCACAUUUGUAAUUCCCUGUACCUAAGGAAUAAUAACAUUACAGAUGAGGGGAUCCGCAAACUGAUUGCUAAAGGUAUCCAGUGUGAAAACUUUCGGAAAAUUGCGCUCUUCAACAACAAGCUUACUGAUGCUUGUACACAGCACAUUUCUCAACUUCUGAGGACCAAGGACGAUUUCCUUUCUCUAAGGCUAGGCAACAAUAAUAUAACAGCGGAAGGAGCAAAACAACUGGCAGAGGGACUGAAAUUCAAUCAUUCACUGCAGUAUUUAGGGCUUUGGGGCAACAAGAUAGGUGAUACAGGAGCAGAAGCCCUUGCCAAAGCCUUAGAGAGCAGCAAAACUCUGGUGUGGCUUAGCUUGGUAGGCAAUGGUGUAGGGAAUGCAGGAGCGAGUGCCCUGGCCAACAUUAUCAAGAACAGUCCAACACUGGAAGAGCUUUGGUUGACAGAGAACUGCAUAACCAGAACAGGGGUGGAACGUCUGAUUGAAGCCCUUAAACACAACAUUCAUGUGAAAUCAAUAUGGUACAUGAUGAACACUGAACUAUACAGUCGCAAAUACAAAAGUUCCCCCUGCUUGUUGCUUAUGUGGUUUGUAUAUGUGAUUGGUGGUUGUCUGCAUUCUAGAUUUGGUGCAAUGCAUGGCCAUACUGCUAGUUUUAGUGCUAAGAAAAACUGUGGUUGUUGACACUGCAUCCUAUCCUGGCCUAACAAGAAUGUUAUUAUGGCUUUAAACUUUGUUUCUAUUUCCAAACUGGCUAUGCAUCAUCAGUGAUUGGUUUUGUUUUCUGUUAUUAUGCUGCAGGUUGAGAAACAAUGACCUAAGUUUGGAGGAAGUAGAGGAAAUGACACAACGUGAAUCAAGACUGGUCUUCUGAUCUUGUAGCUUUUAAGUUGGCAAAGGACUGUUACUUUAAGAACUGUUUCUAUUUAUUAUAGACAAUGUUUAAUAUUAAAAUGUGUAAUGUAAACUGUGUUUACUAAAGUGCAUAGAGGAUUAAAGUGCUAUUUCUCUGUGUGUAUUCAAAUACACAAAAUAUAUCUACUUUUAUUUUGGCUUUCUUCUGUAGGUGUAACUGUUGAUAUGAUCUUAAAACACCAGGCUAUACUUUACUGUACCACCACUACUGCUACUGUUAUUAAACUGUUUUGAGGCAUUAACUUA